CAGCACACACGAAUCACCAUGAAUACGGACAGGAGAAGAAACAACGCGCCGAGCGGCGGAACGUCUGCGCCUGUGUUUGCGCGCACAGUAAAAGAAGCCGGAUACCUCCAGCAAUUGAGGCCGACACGAUCGAGAGGUCCGAGUGAGCUCCGCAGGAUCUUCCUCCAGACCUCGAUAAUUCCCUCCGCCUCUGGAUCAGCCUACCUUGAAAUCCCCAGCUCGUCGCCCUCUGCUAAAUCUACGCUUAUACCGCCGACCUCCUCCCUCAAGAUUGCCGCUUCAAUCCAAGGCCCAAAACCACUUCCGCGCAGCGCGCCCUUCUCGCCAUCUCUCCUCCUCACUACCACCGUCAAGUUUGCACCUUUCGCUACACGAAAUCGACGAGGUUAUAUCCGGGACGCUACCGAACGGGACCUAGGGGUUCAUCUCGAGACUGCGCUACGUGGAGUCAUAAUCGGAGAGCGCUGGCCAAAGAGUGGGGUCGAGGUCGUAGUUACGAUUCUUGAAGGCGACGAGGAUGGCUGGUGGGGCGACAAUGGCAGCGAGGGGAGUACGAGCGGAAGCGGAUGGGGGCUAUUGAAUAUACUUGCGGGGUGCAUAACGGUUGCCAGCGCUGCGAUAACAGAUGCGGGAAUCGACUGUGUGGAUAUGGUGUGUGGAGGUGUCGCGGCUAUCGUUCGGAAUCCAAACUCGAAGGACGAGCAAGAGUUGGCGAGGAUAUUGGACCCGUGUCUAGCGGAGCACAAGGACGUUGUCGCGGCGUGUGUGGUUGGCUAUCUUGCUUCAAGAGACGAGAUCACAGAGAUAUGGAUGAAAGGAGACGUUGGGGCAGAUCCAGACGCCUUGAUCGAGGGAGCUACACACGCUGCCGUGGGCAGCCUUGUAGUGGUCAAGGAAGUGCUGCUCGAAGCUCUUCAGGCGAAGUUUCAUGGACAUAUCGAAGGCGGUGAGGGGGGCUUGAAAAGGAAGGCCCGAGACGUGGAGAUGACAGGGUGAAAGACGGGCAGCAAACGAACCACUUCACUGUUUUUCUCGACGAUACCACCGCAGCAUCGAGCAUGAUUCCCUGAAUCUCGCAGCUGGUGCAUGCAUUCCAAGUGCUGAAAUUAACGGGGAGCAUGCCGGGCUUUAGGAGAACCGAAGCUCUUCCAGUACCGGCACUGCUUCAUGAUCGUGCGUAUGAUUCGUAUCGAGCCCGGCCAUGUGUAUGGACUUGGCGUUGAAGAGCCAGACAAAGAGCUAUGGAUCUUCACGACUGCGUUGUACAUUUACGUGAGUAGAAGUAUUAAAAAGGAGAAAAUUAAUGUCGUCGCAACGAGAUUGAGCCAUACACAUGUGAGUCUCAGUUGACUGAUGUACGAUGGCGUGAAUUUGUAUGGUUUUAUUCUCGAGCAAUCUGUAGACAGCAUUACCCAGUGCAGUUAGCACUAUAUAUUAGCGUCUUUUCCCUUGCCAAAUCACGAC